AUGGCAACGAAUAAAUCUCUAUCAGAUUGGUUAAAUGAAAAUUUAUCGGAAAUUCUUUCUUUUCCUGUUCCAACUUGCAUGACAGAGUAUAUUUCUACAAUAGAAAACGAUAGAGAUUUAGAAGAUUAUUUGAAAACUUUAUUAGACGUAAAUAAUUCUAAACACAGAGCUUUCAUUGAAAAAUUUAAAGUUUUAAAACGUUCCAGCGAAAAUAAAAAUGAUAACGAUGGUGAUAAAUCCAAAGGUGGUGUUAAAAAGAAAAAAAAAGGAAUCGAAGGAACAAAAAGUGAUAAUAAAAUAAUGAGUGAUGGAAAUGUUGUAGAAUCGGAUAAUGGAAAGGGUGGAGUAAAACAGAAAAAGAAAAACAAAUUUAUUAAUCUUUAUUCGGAGGAAGGUGAAAAAAGGGAUGUUAUUUUUCUCAAAGGUAGACACAUGUGCGAAUGUCAAGCAAGCAAACAUAAAUUGAUAAAUAAUUGUUUAAAAUGUGGAAGAAUUGUGUGCAGUCAAGAAGGAUCUGGUCCUUGUCUUUUUUGUGGUACACUUGUUUGCAGCAUAGAAGAACAAAACAUUCUUAAUAUGGAAACGAAACAGUCGAAAAAACUUUAUGAUCAAUUAAUGAAAAAAAGUAAUUUGGACGAUUUGGAAAAAGCAUUGGCGCAAAGAAAUAAACUUUUAGAAUAUGAUAAAUCGAUGGCACAAAGAUCAAGGGUUAUAGAUGAUGAAAGCGAUUAUUUUUCAACGAAUUCAAGUUGGUUAACAAAAGAAGAAAGGGAAAAAUUACAGAAAAAAGAAGAUGAAGCUCAUGCUAAGAAACACAUGUCGAGAUCAAGUAGGAAAUAUACUUUCGACUUGUUGGAAAGAAAAGUUAUAGAAGAAGCUGUAGAUACAGAAAUAGAUGAAAGUUUUUAUAAGGAAGCUUUUGAUAAAAUUGAAGAAACUUUAGCGGAAAGUUACACGCAUCCCGAUUUCCCAGCCAUUGUACAACCCAUCUUUGUCAGUGACAAACAAGAACAAGCGGUAAAUCAUUUAGAAGCAGAAGAAAAAACGGAAGAUAUAAAAAAUUUAAAUUAUAGAGUUCAAGAUAAAGAAUUGCUUUUGAUAUCCGAUAAUGGAGCUUGUUUAAGCAUGCAUCAACCUUGGGCUUCGUUAUUAGUUUCAGGAAUAAAAAAGCACGAAGGAAGGACUUGGUACACGUCGCACAGAGGAAGGCUUUGGAUAGCAGCAGCAUCGAAAGCUCCGACACCGGAAAGUAUUAAAGACUGCGAAGAAUUUUAUCAAGGAAUUUACGAUCAUCCGAUAAAUUUUCCAAAAUCGUAUCCUACGAGUUGCCUUCUCGGUUGCGUCUCACUCACGGAUUGUCUACCACAAGAGGAGUACAGAUUAAAAUAUCCGGAUGGAGAAUCGGAGAGUCCCUUCGUGUUCAUAUGCGAAGACCCUCAAGAAUUAGAUAUAAGAUUUCCACUUUCCGGAAGUCAUAAAAUUUAUAAAUUAGACAGUAGAAUACACAAAGCGGCGAAAAAAUCCAUAUUGAGAAUAUCAAAAGAAAAAUCAUCGAUUCGGAAAUGA